AAGGUAAUGUGAAAUCUAACAAACCCACUCAAGAAUUUGUGCUUUCCUCACGUCAAACAGUUUUCUUGGUUGGGCGUAUACAAUGCAAUGGCAAUGGGGGAAUGGUAGAUACCACAAGUACAUAUUGAAUCCUGCGGAGAGAUUGAGUGAAUUGUCAGAUCACAGGGACAGAUUGAGUGCCUUGCCAGAUGAUAUUCUUUGCAAUCACAUCCUCACCAGGCUUCCCCUCAAACUAGCCAUAAAAUGCUCCAUUCUUUCUCGGAGAUGGAGUUGCCUCUGGACUCGAUUGCCCAGUCUUAACUUCCCUCGUCAGUUUUUCAGGUCCGUGGCGUCAAACAGGAAAGCUAAGAUGAUAAUUAAAAAGCUUCUUCUCGCUGGCUCUGUCCAACUUGAUAGCUUCGAGCUCGAGGUUGAUAAAUCCGACUUUGAUUAUAUCUGGGAGCGCAAACUCUGCAACAAAAUUGCAGAAUGCAUUGAUAUUGCAGCUUCAAGAAAAGUCAAAAAAAUUGCCCUAAAAAACACAUACAGCUCAUGCUCUGUGCCGAGUAAUCUUUUCACCUGUGAUCGUCUAGUCGUUUUAUGUCUACAAAAUUUCGAAAUUUCCAGCAUUCCCACAAAUUUUAGUAGGUUUCCAUGUCUUAUGACUUGCUCUCUCCAGGCAAUGUUGCUCAAUGAUGGGAUCCUCGAGCAACUCAUAGCAGCAUGUCCCCGUCUCGAGAGUUUAACACUCUCUGGUUGUGAAGGGUUAACUGAUUUAAAAAUAUGCUCUCCAAUUCUUGGUUAUCUUAAUAUUGGAAUAGGGGUUGGAAUAAAUCCUGAUAACAUAGACCUCAAUUCACCAUAUUGUUUGAUACCCAAUUCGAUUACAUUGAAAUGCCCUCAAUUGGACACCCUCGUUCUCGAAACGAAUUCUGUGUUCAAGCGCAGGCCUGAGUUUUACCAGAUAAUAAAUGCUAUAUACGACUUAGGCGUGGAGAUAAAUGUGCCAAUUUGUCGGCGCUUGUGUACAAAUCUACCCUGUGUAAACAUUCUCAAUAGCUUUCCCAGCUUGGAAGAACUCUCUAUGGAUACCUAUUGUUUUCAUGACACAGUGAAUGGUAGGGUAUCAAUUCUGACAAAUCCACUGGAAAAGCUGAAGAAAGUGCACGUUAGCAUCUCAGUAUUUGGUGAGAAGGAUUUGCAUUUAGUAGGCUGCAUUCUGGAGAAUAGUCCGUCGUUGGAAACAAUGGCAGUUUCUUUGCCCUUCAGAUCAAAAAACUGUCCUCCUGCUAGCGAAUUUGAUCUCAUUCUAAUGGAUAAAUUGUUGGGUUUAGAAAGAUCUUCUGCAGAAGCAACAAUAAUCAUUAUAUAAAGGAACAUUUUAUAUAAGUGUACAGUAUGUAUAUAUUCACAAUUAAAUGCAGGAAAGGUUUCAAAAGAGUGAUUUUCCAA